UCACGAUCCAUCUCUUCUUCACAAUCCACAAUGUCUCUCUCCAACAAACUCUCGAUUACCGACCUCGAUGUCAAAGGAAAGCGGGUCCUUAUCCGUGUUGAUUUCAACGUCCCCAUCCAGGAGGGCAAGAUCACCAACCCUGCGCGCAUCGUCGCUGCGUUGCCCACCAUCAAAUACGCUCUCGACAAUGGAGCGAAGAGCGUCGUGUUGAUGUCUCAUCUCGGCCGACCCGACGGCAAGGUCAACGAAAAGUUCUCUCUCAAGCCUGUUGCCGCCAAACUUGAAGAACUCCUGGGCAAGUCAGUCAUCUUCACCAACGACUGUGUCGGUGCCGAUGUCGAGAAGGCGGUCAAUGGCGCGCCUGACGGUUCGGUCAUCCUGCUCGAGAACCUUCGAUUCCACAUCGAGGAAGAGGGUUCGGUCAAGAACAAGGAUGGUACCAAGACCAAGGCUGACCCCGCUGCUGUUACUGCCUUCCGAGAGGGCCUCACCAAGCUUGGGGAUGUCUAUGUCAAUGACGCUUUCGGUACUGCCCAUCGUGCUCACUCGAGUAUGGUCGGUGUCAAGUUGCCACAGAGGGCCGCUGGCUUCUUGAUGAAGAAGGAGCUCGAAUACUUUGCAAAGGCGCUCGAGCAUCCUGAGCGACCUUUCCUUGCGAUCCUGGGAGGCGCUAAAGUGUCGGACAAGAUUCAAUUGAUUGAGAACAUGUUGGACAAGGUCAACUCGCUCAUUAUUUGUGGCGGAAUGGCGUUCACUUUCAAAAAGGCUCUCGACGGCGUCGCGAUCGGUAACUCGCUCUUCGAUUCCGCUGGCGCCGAAAAGGUUGCAAGUCUCGUCGAAAAGGCAAAGAAGAACAACGUCAAACUCGUCUUCCCCGUCGACUACAUCACAGCUGACAAGUUCGACAAAGACGCUGCGACCGGCACUGCCACCGACAAGGAUGGUAUCCCUGAAGGCUGGAUGGGACUCGACGCCGGCCCUGAGAGUCGCAAGUUGUACCGAGAGACUGUCUUGGAGGCCAAGACCAUCCUCUGGAACGGACCCCCUGGUGUCUUCGAAUUCCCUGCCUUUGCCAACGGUUCCAAAGAGCUUCUCAAGGCUACCGAGGAGGCUGUCGCCAAGGGUGCAACCGUCAUCAUUGGUGGUGGUGAUACCGCAACUGUCGUCGCACAGUUCGGUGACGAGUCCAAGCUCAGCCAUGUCAGUACCGGUGGUGGUGCCAGUCUCGAGUUGUUGGAGGGCAAGACUCUUCCUGGUGUUGCAGAAUUAAGCGAGAAGCAGUAGAAAGCAAAAUGAACAAGUUUUUUUAUCUGUAAAGUAUUGAAGAAUGUGAUGAUGAUUAUUAGUGAGAGCGUGGAAA